AGAUUUUUGGUGCAUUUCCAUGUUACUUUGCCGUGUGAUUGCUAUAGCCUCAGGCUCGUUAUUUUUCAGUGGAGGGUUAACUUGGUGAACCAUUAAAUUGAACGCUAAGAUAACAAACCUUAACCCCUCCAAAACACUUAUCAUCACACUUUAUCUACGAUUGCCCAAGUUCACCAUGCAGCUGCGAUCUGCACGGAUCUGUAAGCCUCGCGCCUCUCUGCAACUGCAGUCGAUUUCAAAUCAAACAAUCUCAGGUACGUUAUACCACGAUAGUUUAUCGAUGACUGCGAAGGUAUUGACAUUGAGUCUAGGACCGCGCAGACGAAGCUCCCGCCUGCAAUCAUGCAGCGUUCUGUAUCAAUACCUCACAUCCUAGGGUCCCAAAGCCCUCUCGAGCAACAACCAACAGAUCCUCAGCCUUCACAGCUUGCUAGAGCGACCUCACCAGUACCUUCAAGAACACAGUCUUAAGGUUGGUUGUUGUUGUUUUCAACAAGCAGUGUGCUAAUACAUAUAAGAUAUACCAGAAUAUCCCUGUCCACCUCAAAUUCACAGCCACCAGACUCGGAAACGGAGAUCCGACAAAUCUGUCGAGGCCAAUGCUGAAAGACCUCUAAAACGUGCCCGUCUGACGGAGAAAAAUUUGAAAGCGUUUGAAGAAAUGGGAGGGCAACGAAGGAAAUCUGCUGGGAAGAAGUCUACUGGACAAACGUGUUCAACAACCACAACCACCGACAAGGAUUUCGGCACAGAACUGCAACAAAACAAAGUCGUUUUUACUAGCAUCGACGCACAAGCUCCAGAUGAUGUCGCCGAAGCCAGAAAAUUUCUUGACCGACUACGAGAGUCAGAGCCACCCGAUAGAUUGGAUUACAAAGCAUAUCUUGUACACACUAAGGAUUACGAGAAUGAGCUUAGCGUAGAGAUUUCCGCUUACCCACUCCUUGCAAAACAGACGAAUGAGCGAGUGAUUUCAGGCUAUUUCCAAAGACCCAAUCAUGCUUGGUCGGCAGUUGACAAUCAUCUUACUACCGCAUCAGUGAUGCACAACCGGAUAUUGUUGAGUCUUACCGUAAGACUGACUACCCUCCAACUGCAGUUGAGGAACUUUCUAGAUAACUUGCUCCUUCCUAAUAUAAUGAGGCGAUGCCUGCUUAUGCUGUUGAAUUCAAGAGUACCGCCGGCGACAUGAAGCAAGCAAAAUUGCAACGUGCAUAUGAUGGAGCACUUAUGACGGAGGGAGCACAUGCUGUGCAUACACAUAUUGGCAAGUCCGAUGACAAUUUCUACGGUAAAACGUAGGCUCUCACAGUCGAAUUCAAUGGUGAGACGCUUAACUUCUACGGCCAUCACGCGGUACAGAUCCCUGCAUCGUCACAUCCAGCAACUUAUGAAGCAUCUCGUAGUGGAGUCGACAGAAGUGCAGGGGCGGCCAAUGACACCGCAGCUGCUGUCGAAUAUCAUCAAUAUCUCCUCAAUUGCGACAAUUUUCGUGUUUCAUUUGAAGCUUUCCAAACCGCAUACAGGCAUACUAGGAAUGCUCAAGACAUUGGUUGCAAGUGGGCAACUGAAAGGAAAGAUGCAUUGUGGGCAUACACAAAUGGAGAAAAUACACAAACUUCGCCGGAUGUCCCAACAUCCGCGCAGCAACCGUCGAACGAUCCCUGGUUUCAAUCCCUUCAGGUACACCAAAUCACUGCAACUGUGACGCCUAUGACAACGGGGUUCCGAUACCUGCGCAGCAACCGACCGAUUCCUUGGCUCCCGUCUCUUCCGGACCACCAGAAGGCUACAACUUUAACGCCGACGACGACGACGUAGACCCAACUGGCCAAUUACUUAGAGAAUCCUGGACGGUUAAUGGAUACGCUUUGCCUGAUGCUCAAAUAUACAAUCCGAUAACUCCAUCGCAAUCGUCGAAGGGUGUUUCGGUUCCACUUGAGUCACAACAGCUGCCGGUACCAAGCGUUACAGAGCCUGGGGAGAAUGUUGACUUGAAUGCGCAUAGUCAUAGGAAAACUAGGGCCCGAACACAUCACGCUCUUGCUCUCGAAGAGCCAAGGAAGGUUGAUAAAACUAAGCCGCGAAAGACUCGCACGAAGCAUUAGGUCUCUUGACAGAGCGUAUGAACAUCGAACAAUAAAUGAUCAUUGGAUUCUGGGGUGGUCUGUGAAUUGACGCCGAAUCUAGCGCGAAGCAUUUUCUGCACAAGGCGUUGCUCAGCACAUCUGUGGGCCGUGCACUCUGUUGCCUCAAACUGCAUAACGCGGGCAGGCUAAGAAUGAUUGGACGCGAAGGAGUUCUCUCGGAUUCAUAUGCUCGAGAUAGAGAUGGUCCUCGUCAAAAUUAGGCAAGUUGGUAGCCUUGUCUCUGGGCAGUCGUUCCAUCUGCUUUUGGAGUUGGUGGAGUUUUUUGAACUGGUGGGUCAGCUCUGACUGCUUCUUUAACUUGCGCUAAAUAACCCGCUGGAAAACCGUGACACAGAAAGACUAGUCACCGGGGAAGGGAGACCGUGGCACUUUCAAACAGUACGGAAAUAGGUGAUAUACCUGGUAAGCACGGGGGUAUGCAGCAAGCACCCCUUGCUUUCCGUUGGGA